AUGGAUGGAACUAACCCGAAUGUUGACUGUUCAAAUCAUUCCAGUCCAGAAAAUUUGGACUUUGGCCAGUCUGAAAAAGAAUAUAGGAGUGAAAUUGGCGAUAAAGUAACUGGUGAACUAGACACACUUGAAGUAGUUGAUAAUGAGGAACAAAAUGAACAAAAUGAACAAAAAGAGGAGGAUGCUAAGAGUAGAAAAAGAAAGAAAAAAAAUAAAAAGAAGGAGCCAAAGUACAUAGAUUAUUGCCAAAGCACAGGCUUUAACUUUUAUUUCUUCUCCUGGAUGACUAAUUGGAUUAAGUUGGCGAGCAAGGGGAACCUGAAGCACGAAGAAUUUCCAGACCUGCCGGACUCGGACUUUGACCAGUACUUCACGUACGAGUUUGGAAACCUGCUGGACGAGUACAGAGACUACGACAAGUGCAACAGCCUGGUUAAGUUUAUAGGAAGAAGCAGACUGUGCGUGCUGAAGGUGUUCAAGAAAAACUUCCUGCUGCUGUACCUCUUCUCGAUAGUCAACGACGUCUUCGAGAUACUAAAUAUAUUUCUGCUGAAAAGAGUGAUGAAGCAAAAGGUGCCAGAGACAAUAAACGGGCUCCUUAGAUAUAUCUUUCUGGUACUGCUGGUGCUGUGCGUGAACCUGUUUGACAUAGUGACGGACGGACACCACUACUUCUACUACAGGAGGCUGGUGCUGAGGAUAGAGAACCUGCUAUUCUCGUUCCUGUUCAGCAGAAUCAUGGCGAAGAACUACUACGACGUGAACGACGUGCCGAAGGGAGGAGGGUCGAGCCAUAAAAGGAUGAACACAGACGGAAGCAUAAGCAUAACGAUGCUGCCGAAGCUGCACAACAGCAGUAACCUGCUUGACAGUAAAAACAACGUGAAGAUAGAAAGAGAUGCGUCGAGACUGAACGCGGAGGAGAGCGAGGACCACAACUGGCGAGGAGAGGACGACAUCAGUCUGCUGAACCUGGCGCUCUUCGACAUAUCGGAGAUAGCCUGGGGAAUCCUGAAGCUGGUGGACCUGUGCGCAAUCCCAGUGAAGAUACUCAUCGUGGGCUGGUGGCUCUACCACCAGGUGGGAAGGACGUCCCUGAAGGCAGUGGUAUUCAUAGUGGUCUCGAGCGUGCUGAUGAUACUCUCGGAGUGCCAGUCGGCGAAGCUGGUGAAGGGAUACGUGACGAGAAUCGACGACAGAAUCUCGAAGACGCUCACGAUCCUGGAAAACCUGACGAACUUUAAGAUGUUCAGAUGGAUAGGGCUCUGCAGAGAGGCGGUGCUGAAGAGCAGGAUCAUGGAGCUGCAGCUGUGCAUGAAGAGGACGGUGCUGACGUCGAUCGGCUCCUGGCUGGGGAUCAGUCUGCCGAACAUACUGGCGCUGGCAGUCUUUUUGAUCUACUCGACGAGCAGCAACAGCGGAGUGACGCUGGACCCGUCCUUCAGCAUUCCGCUUCUGCACACGCUGAGCCACUUCAUCAAGCCCUUCAGAGACCUGCCGUCGGACCUGAGCGACCACCUGGAGACCACGAUAUCGUGCAACCGCAUAGAGUCGUUCCUCUUCUCGAAGCAGUUGAAGACGUACAUCAACAGCAAGUACCACAGCCAUGAAAAGCAAACUGAGGAGGAGGAUGAGGAGGGGGACUCAGAAAUAGGAAGAGAAAGUGAAGACAAGAAGGGGUCUGAAAAGGACGAGAAGCACACAGAAGAAAAGGGACCACUGAGUGGAUAUGAUGAGUCUUUAGCCACAGGCAGAACCACUCUACCAAAUGAAAGCAUUAGAGAGGACCAGACGCUUAUCGAGUACGAAGGAACGGUGGCAGGAAAGGUGCACAAGGAGGUGGAGAGGAUCGAGAGUGAGCUGAAGGGGAAGGAAAAGGGAAGUGAGGAGACAAGGGAGCAAAGUAAUGGAAACAUCGUGGAUCAAGUCAAGUCGGUAGACCUCGAAGACGUUAAAGAGAGUAAAAGAGCGCAGAGGCCAGGAGUGGACGUUGACUACAACAAGAACGUGCUGAGGUCGCCUUUACAAGUAGACGACAGUAAAAAAGUGCAGAGGCCAGGAGUAGAACUUGAGAAUGGGAACGUAACGAGAUCAGGAGUAAACGUGGAAGAAAAGUGCGUCGUGGAGAUGAGGUCAGCAACCUUCUACAGAGGAGAAAAGAGAGUGUUCACCAGAAUGGACUUUAAGAUGAACUCGAAGGACAAGGUUAUCAUCUCGGGCUCGAACAUAUCUGAGAAGUUCCUGUUCACAAUGUCACUGAUCGACGAGCUGAGACACACGGAAGGGUUUUACUACAACUACUACGUUGAAAACAAUAUGUGCACGGGAAUAGUGUCGCAGAACCCAUGGAUACCAAUGGGCACUGUGAGAGACAUCAUACUGUUUGGGAACAAGUACAACAAGUACCUGUACAACAGAGUGGUGGAAAUAUGCCAGCUGAAGUACGACUUCUCGAACUGGAAGUUGAGCGACAUGAGGUUCGUAGACGAAGGAGGACAGAACCUGUCGACGGGACAGAAGGUGAGGAUAUCGCUGGCAAGGUCGCUGUACACCAUAUUUAACAACCUGUUCGGGAAGAGAGGAAUGCUUAAAGAGUUCACGUGCAUACUGACGGUGCAGGAAAACUUCUUCGGCAUAGUCAAGGGAUACAACUUCAGCGAAAACUUUAAGUUUUACAACAUCAGCAACAGCGCGAUACAGCAAGUGACAUUGGAAAGUGAUGAAAUGGAGGACUCGAGGGAACUAUUGAACAGCUACAACAAGACAGUGCCAGAAGAAGGAUCAAUGGUGUGGGAGGAAGAGGAGGAAUGUGGAUCGCUGGAAGGAGAAGAGUCAGUGGGCUCAGAGGAGAGGGAGUUUGUGUUUAGUGAAAGUGGUGACUCACUGAGAGGAGGUUAUGAAUUGAGAGGAGGUUAUGAUGGCGCUGUGGAUGACAGCGGAGAUAACGUGGAGGAAAACAGUGGCAAACAUAAACAGAAAAACAAUGACAAAGUCACGCAGACAAACAAGCAGGAUAAAAGGCAGAAGAAAAAGGAGGAGCUAGUAAGCCAAAACGCAGAAAUCAUAAGGCAAAACGACCUGUUCAGCGAAAACAAGGAGGAAGGCAAUGUGUCGCUGGUCAAAUUUGAAAACUUCGUGUGGUACCUCAAAAAAGUUAACCUGAAACUGGUGUGUCUGGUGGUGUCAGUGUCAUUUAUGGCAAUGUCACUUAACGUGGGAAGCGACAUAGUGGUAUCGAGGUGGGCGUCAGUGGCGAAGAAGGGAGAAGAGGUGGUGGAGAAGGACUCAGUGAUAGUGAAGGGCAUAUACAACAGCACAUAUCUGAGUAAGCUCAACUUCCUGUACCUCUUCACGUUCAUGACGUCGUGCACAAUAGUGCUCUUCCUGCUGAGAGCAUUUCUGGAAGUGCAGGGGACACUCAACGCAGCGUACAAGGUGUACUACAGCGCGCUCAACGGAAUACUCAAGUGUCCGAUCAUCAUAUUCAACAAGAUACCGAUAGGGAACAUAAACAACAGGCUGAGCGCAGACCAGAGUUUCGCAGACUACAGCAUUUUCAGAAGGUUCUCGCACUUCAUGUCGUCCUUUAUAUUCACAGUGUUGACGGCAAUGUCGCUCUGCUACCUGAACCCGUGGACGAGCAUACUGAUUCCAACGCUGGUGUUUCUGUCGUACUUCUGCGUGUUCAGGAUAUACAUACCAAUGUCAAUAUUCAUCAUGAGGAGUAACCUGGAGACGAGAGGAUACAUCUGCGGGCAGUUCUCGCAGGUGAUCUCGGGCUCGCACGUCAUCAAGAGUCUGAACAACGAGGACUACGUGAUGAGUAACUUCCUGAGAGACCUGAGAGUGCACCAGAACACGAAGUUCUUCAACCACGCAGCAUCCUGCUGGACAAUGAUAAGACUGAGGAUCCUGACGUACCCGCUGACGAUAGUAAACCUGCUGAUACCACUGAUACCAAUAGUGAAGGACAGCGAGUUCAACAGCGAGUUUAACCGGAGGAUGGAAAGAGAAAGAGGAGUGAACGGGCUCUUCGGGGCAAUCGCAGAAUCAGACAGCGAAAAGAAGGACCUGGUGGACGGAAAGGUGGGACUGGCACUAACGUACUCGUACAAGUUCGCAAAGCUGCUGAAGUCGACGCUGACGAAAAUAGUGGAGCUGGAAACGGAGAUGUGCGCGUCGCAGAGACUACAGGAGUUGGCGAAACUGGACCCGGAUUAUAACAUCAACGACGAAAGGCUGUUUGAUAGAAAAAAGCUGAGACUGAUGAACAGCACGCACAUCAUGAAUAAAGUGAGGGAGAUUAACAAGCACGCGUCAAUAUCGACCACAAGUGAAGUGGAAGGGCUGGCGAGCUUAUCAGGAGGAGAGAACUUGUACAUAGACUUCGAGGAGGGGCUGGAGGUGAGAAAGGCAGUGGUGAAGUACGACAGCAAGGUGUGUCUGGACGAGAUAAGCUUCAAAACGAGCGGAAACGACCACAUAGGCCUGAUAGGAAGAACAGGAGCAGGAAAGAGUACACUGCUGCUGAGUCUAGGAGGGCUGAUACAGCUGGAGUCAGGAACGAUCAAGAUAGACGGAAAGGACAUAUCGACGCUGUCAAACGAAGAAAUGAAGGAAAUGGUAGCAAUACUACCACAUACGCCGCCGCUGCUGCAAGGAUGGAGCGUUAGGAAGUACGUGGACCCGGAAAAUGAACACACAGAAGAGGAAAUCAUUAAGGGGAUAAGAGCAUGUAACAUGGUUAAGUUCCUGACGCACAUACUGGAAGUGAGUGAAAAUGAUAUCUACGACAUAAAGGACAGUGGAUAUAAAACAGUAAAAGAAAGGGAAGACGGAAGAAUGAGAAGAAGAUACUCGAAGGAGAGCAUGGAGUCGUAUUAUAGUAACAUGGAGAGCGAAGAUGAAGAUUGGAAUGACGAAAAGGAUGUAGUUGAAGUUGAUAGGGAAGAUGAGGAUCAAAAGAACUAUGGCUAUGACCACGAAGAGAAGCAUUAUGACAAAUAUGACGAGGACGACUUUGAGAAACGGAGGAAAAAGGAAUAUGGGUAUGACCAAGAGAAGGACGAAGAGGAAGAAAGAGACCUGAGAGCAGUGCUGAAAGUGAAGAUCACGAAGCAGAAGGAACACAGCUACACAAUAGUGUCAGACUUCGAUCUGCAGUACCUGACACUGCUGAGACUGUACCUGGAUAGGAAGAAGCUGAGGCUUAUACUGAUCGACGAGUGCUUUACAGUGGAGAAGGACAACGACCUGGACCUGGAACCAAUACACGAACUGGUAGAUAGACUCUUCAAGAAAAACAUAGUCAUAAUAGUGGCACAUCACAAGGAAUCACUGAGUCUGUGCAGCCGCAUAUUGCUGUUGGAAGGCGGGAGGAUCGCAGAAACACAAAUUGCGGAGGUAUCGAUGAGCUACGGCUGGCUGACGGAGAGCAGUCUGGGCCCCAAGAAGCCCAAGGCGAUCGCAGCGCCGAAAGGCUCACUCAGCGCACUGAACAGCAUCAUAAAGAGGCACAUGGAGAAGGACGUUGAGAAGCACGAGCAGAAAAGGAAGACGAAGAAGGCGGACUUGUUUGAACUCAGCAACCCGGGAGUGGAGCUGAGAAACAAGAUUGACAGGAAGGAGUCGACGCUAAACCGCAAAAACAGGAGGAGUCGGAUGGAGCAGAAGGCGAAGCUAUACGAGCAGCUGAAGGAGGGGAGGGCCGAGGCAGGUGAUAGCAGUGAGUACCUGGUUGAUUUUAGGAGAAAGCAGGAGAACGAGUUCCGGGAACUGGAGGAAGGUAUUUGCGAUUCGUUUCAUCGUCAUUGCAUGUAUAGAUGCGGAGCGCAAGGAUUUCGACGACCCACCUCCAUAGCAUAA